AUGAAAUUUCGUCAAAUUUUCGCUCUAUUAUUAAUUAGCUUGAGAAUUGAGGAGAUAACUUGUGUGAAGAGCAGAUUAAAAUUUACGCCGAGUAGUUUAGCGCUUUAUCCUCUAGACUUUCAAGACAUCUGGCAAUCCUCAGAACCCAUACCAAUCAACAUCAACUACUCCAUACCAUCGUUUGGAGUUCGCGACUUGAAGAGGAAAUUAACGGAAUUAAAAAAGAGCACAGGUAAUAAAAAUUUAUUAAUUUGUAUUAGAACUUCUGCGUGA